GCCAGGUGAAGAUAGGUGAAGAGAAGGAAGAGACAGCAAGUGACUCUGCCCACCUAAGAAGGCCCUUGGAGCAAUGUGUUGGUGAAAGCCGAUAGCAGCUUCGUACAUGGUGCCCAUGCUGUCUUGGCUCAAGCCCGCAACGAAUUGCGGGCUAAAAACCUAAAAAUCGCAUAACCCCCAAAAGCCUAAACAGCUCUACUGCCUAAGCCUCCAAAUUCUGCAACUCGCAGAAUACUUCAGGAGCAUUUGAGGACAAGAGCCCUCUAUUCACUUUCUUCAGGAUGGCCGGAGUGCCGCAAUUCGCCUCUUUGUACGUGGGAGAUUUACACCCCGAUGUCACCGAGGCCAUGCUCUACGAGAUCUUCAACUCGGUGGGGCCUGUGGCCUCGAUCCGUGUUUGUCGAGACACCGUCACCCGCAAGUCACUGGGCUAUGGCUAUGUCAAUUUUCACAGUGUCUCUGACGCGGAGCGUGCCCUGGAUACCCUGAAUUACUCAGCUAUCAAGGGGCGUGCCUGCCGCAUCAUGUGGAGUCAGAGGGAUCCCAGCUUGCGCAAGAGUGGUUUGGGUAAUGUGUUCGUGAAGAACCUUGACAAAGCUAUUGACAACAAGGCUUUGUAUGAUACUUUCAGCCUUUUCGGCAAUAUCCUCUCCUGCAAGGUGGCCUGUGAUGCCGCUGGCAAGUCAUGUGGUUAUGGUUUCGUGCAUUAUGAGACAGAAGAGGCUGCGCAGCAAGCAAUUGAGCGAGUUAAUGGAAUGCAGAUUGGCGAGCAGACUGUGAACGUCAGCAGGUUCUUGAAGCACAAUGAGCGCGACCGGCCUGUCAUCCAGAACUUCACCAACCUGUACAUCAAGAACUUCCCGGCAGAGUGGGAUGAGGAGAAGAUCAAGACAGUGCUGUCUGAGGCUGGUCCCAUCACUUCCUCACACUUCGUCGAGGAUGCUAAGGGCCGCAGGUUUGCCUUCGUGAACUUUGAAAGCUCCGACAUCGCAAAGAAGGCCGUUGAAUUGUUCCAUCAAAAGGAUGUCCGCUCGGAGGAGCAGAAGGAAGCUGACAAGGAGAAAGAGGAAGAAGAGAAGGACAAGGAGAUCAAGAGCUACUUGCUAUAUGUCCAGCGUGCCCAAUCCAAGACGGAGCGUGCCAUGGAGCUGAAAGAGAAAAUGCCACAGAAGGAGCGCCCCGUUCCCAACAGUCGAUUUGCUGGUGUCAACCUCUACAUCAAGAACUUGGACGAAGACACCGAUGAUGAUUCCCUCAAGGCGCUGUUCGAGGAGUUUGGCACGAUCACAUCAGUGGCUGCAAUGAAGGAAGACAAUGGAAAGUGCAAAGGGUUUGGCUUCGUUUGCUUCUCAUCGCCAGAUGAAGCAACCAAGGCUGUGACUGAGAUGCACCUCAAAGUGGUGAAAGGCAAGCCCUUGUAUGUGGGACUGGCAGAGAAGCGCGAGGCUCGUGCCGAGCGUCUCCGACAACGCUACUCGCCCAGUGCCGAGAAAGGUGGCAUGGGCAAAGGUAUGGGCAAAGGCAAAGGAAAGAAAGGUGGAGGCAUGCAGAUGUACGGCCAGCAAGGAGGCUGUGGAAUGCAGCAAGUCUACCCGAUGGGCAUGGGCCAGAUGGGCAUGGGCCAGAUGGGCAAGGGCAAUGGACCACAGGGCAUGAUGGGUGGCCCACAGAUGGGCAUGAUGGGAAAGGGAAUGCAGGGUGGCAUGCCGAUGGGACCCAUGGGUGGCAUGGGCAAGGGAAUGCCGCCAGCCAUGGGCGGUGGUGGCAAGGGCAUGAUGGGCCCGAUGCCUGGUAUGCAGGGGGGAAUGAACCCCAUGGGACCAAUGGGCAUGAAGGGCUUUAUGAUGCGCCCCCCCGAUGCAGCCAAUGCCAAUGAUGCGCCCAGGCAUGCCGAUGCAGCCCAUGCAGCCGCAAGGUGCGCGCCCCAACCCCGGCGCCCCCAACCAGCCUUCGGGUCCGACGCCAGGCUCCAACCAGCCCCUCACGCCGGCUGGCCUGUCUGCAGCUCCUCCCGCGGUGCAAAAGCAGAUCAUUGGAGAAAGGCUCUAUCCGCAAGUUGCCAAACAGCAGCCCGAGCUUGCUGGCAAAAUUACCGGAAUGAUGCUCGAGAUGGACAAUUCCGAAUUGAUUUCUUUGCUUGACUCCGAGUCACAGCUCAAGUUAAAGGUGGACGAGGCAUUGCGCGUGCUUGAGCAGGCCAAGUGAAGCAUACAGGCUUUCGAACAAAUGCUUCCCUUCUGGUGGCCGCGGCGAGGUAUGUGGCCGAGGCGAUUCCCAAAAGCUACGGCAUCGCGUGUUUGGCCAGUUGCUUUCAAUGCUCUAGAUGCAGGCAGAUGAUGGUGUUUUGGAGCCAAUGCCAGACUUUUCAGGCAAAUGGUUUGGUGUUUUCCGAUCCAAGCCUGCAUUCAGCCAGAAUAUACAGUGCCAGAAGAGGAGCGAAGUGAAGGAGGUUCUUUCGUCUUUCAUUUUUUGCCAGUUUUGAUGCGCUGUCGCCAGUUCGACUCCUCUGAGUAGUCUUGUUGAGAGCCAACAUCCACCCGUCUCAUUUCUAUCUCUCUUGCCGAAAGAUUGGAGCACUUUCCCAAUCAAUCCUGAUGUGAUCGCCGG